AGAAAAACAUAAACACGUGGGGAGAGCGGAGAGCUUCAAGAAAGUGUGCUUUAAUUUUUGAGUCUCUGACACCUGAAGAUAGCGCACCUCACAAAAGCUGACGUAAGAUGCAUGUGGUGACUCCAGAGAUGGACCAAUUUCUAGCACUGCACAAGUACCAGCUGGAGUCCUCUUGCAUCCCCAAAAUAUUUUGGGAAUCGCUCGAACGCAAAUUGCGACUGCAGACCUUCGACGCCGGACAUGCUUUCUCUCUUAUGAAAUUCGACUAUGAGGAGCGGGGCCGUGGUCCUCGAGAGCCUGUUUGGGCAGUGGUGGUCACUGCUGAGGACGGCGUGUCCGAGAGUGACCCUGAAAGCAUUUAUCUGGUCGACCAUGCUUGGACCUUCAGAGUAAAUGGUGCAAAGGAGCAACUUCAGUCAUGUCCCCAAUUGCUGGAGCGUUUGGCCAACAUGAUGGAUGUGUCUGCAGACGAGCCAGAAGCCCUAGUUGAACUUGUAGCUGAGGAGCUGUGGCGUUAUGCCCAGUGCUACUCUUUGAAUGCUUCAGAGGCUGAGGAACGGACCCCAAUUUGGUACAUCAUGGACGAAGUGGGCUCUGGAGUGCAACAUUCAGACCAACCAAACGUUCGCAUCGUCCCUUUUGUCCACUUGCCUGACAGAAUCACGUACUCGUUGAUGUUUCCCUUGGAAGACUUGUCAAACGGAACCAUCGUUGGAAGGGACUUUGCUGAGGGCCCUGAGACGGACCCUGACGUGAGAAAAGCCCUUUUACUACCUUGGCAGCCAGAGACAUCAUUCCUGGACGAACCCUUUCAACAGUCAGAGCCGCCACCCUCAUUCUUCGAAGAUGGUAGAGUCGCGGAAACACUUUCUGAUCCUGACGUUGAGGUUGAUUUGGACAAAAUUGCUAGACCCAUUCGGGUUUACUCUGAAUACAGCGAGGUGAACAAGGCAUUGAGCCAUCCUGACUUCAUUAUUGUCAACACGCCUGAAGAAGCGGACUUGCUUUGGCUUACGCAUCACUAUAAGGACUUCAAAAGCCUCGGCCCAAACCGCUUUGUCAAUCAGUUCCCUUACGAGAGCGUCAUCACAGUCAAAGAUCUGCUCUGUGUUGUAUGCAGGCGAAAAGCUGAUCCUGGCAAAGAAUGCAAUUCUCAAACUUUGGAGAUGCAGCCGGCCUGGCUGCCAACUACUUACAACCUGAAAACUGAACUGCCCUUGUUUGUCAGCUAUUUUGAGCACCGUGAGGACCGCGGUCUAGACAACCACUGGAUUUGCAAGCCGUGGAACUUGGCCAGAGGACUUGAUACCCACAUUUCCAAAAAUAUCAACUUCAUCUUGAGACUUCCUCAAAGUGGACCAAAAAUUGCUCAAAAGUAUGUCGAGGACCCAGUUUUGUUCACCAGAGUUGGAAUCGGCCCUGUCAAGUUUGAUGUUCGAUACGUCAUUUUGCUCAAAUCUGUCCAGCCCCUCACUGCCUACGUUUAUAAAGAGUUUUUCGUCAGAUUUGCUAAUCUACCUUUCCAUUUGGCUGACCUGGAGCAGUAUGAGCGUCACUUCACUGUGAUGAACUAUGAGAAUCCUGAGCAGCUGUGCCAUAUGAAAUGCGCUCAAUUCGUCAUUGAGUUCGAGCAGCAGUACGAGAACAUGAAAUGGGUUGAUGUUGAGGCUGACAUUUUGGUUGCUUUGAGAGGUGCUUUGGAAGCUGCUGCCAGCAAACCACCCCCACAAGGAAUUCCCCACAGCCCCCAGAGCCGAGCAGUGUAUGCAGCUGAUCUUAUGUUGAGCUGGAGUGACGAAAAGGAAAAAAUCCAGCCCAAACUUUUGGAAAUCAAUUGGAUGCCGGACUGCCAGCGGGCAUGCCAGUACUAUCCCAGCUUCUACAAUGAUAUAUUUAGCACUCUGUUUUUGGGAGAAACCCGCGGGAAAAAUGUUAUACCUAUUUAAAACUUGAUAUUUUGAAAUAAAAAGUUACACUUUCUUAGUAACCAUUUUGAAUAAA